GUCUCUAGAAUCAUUAAGAGAAAAAUCAAGGUGAAUAAAAAUCACUAAUUAAAAAAAUAAAACAUUUUAUUCCAAUGUAUUUUUCAAUACUAUUGACACUCCUAAUAUUGAAAAUUUCUAUUGGAGUUGAUCCGGAUAAAUGUUCUUAUGAGAAAACAGUAAAUUUAACGAAUCACAAGAAGUUCGAUAAUGGAUCAUAUCUGUAUGAGGGUAUUUUAAUACCACCCGAAAAACAGGAUUUCUAUGAUUAUCGUUUGGAUUUCAUGAAGAAAAAAAUAACAGUUCCUCGCCAUCUAAGAGGUUGUGUUUGUAGUGAGAAACAGCCCUGCAUUAAAUUGUGUUGCGAAAAGGAAGAGUAUCUUAAUAUCGAUGAAUGUGAAAAAGUAACUAGGGAAAUGAAAAUUCAGUGGAAAUUAACAAUACAACGAACGAAUUAUAAAAAUGAAACUGUAGAUGUAUUUAAACAUUUUAAAACACAAGUGGGAAUGCCUUGCAGGUGGCCAAUAGCAUUAGAGAAGGUUCUGGAUGAAUGGAUUUUAAAAGAGAUAAUGCAUAAUACUUCGCCCGUUAUAUCAAUGUUAUUUUUAUUACCUACACUAUUAGUAUACUUAGUGUUAAAAGAAUUAAGGCAACACAUGAGUGGCCAACUAAUGAUUUGUUAUGUAUUGUCUCAGAUUAUAUCAAAUGCCAUUAUCUCGUUUAUAAAUAUCUCGAAUUUAAGUUUCGGUUUUCUAUCAUGCUUUAUAAUGGGUUAUACUGCAUACUUCUUCUAUUUAUCUUUAUAUUUAUGGCUGAGUGUUUUGUGUUAUGACAUUUCGAAAUCUUUUAAUAAUAUUAAUGCUGAAUUGAAUUUAAGAAAAAAUCGCAAGAAAUUUAUUAUAUAUUCAUUGUAUGUCUGGCUAAGUGCAGGUCUAGCAACUGCAAUUGGCAUUUUAUUAGAACUAUUGCCGAAUGUGGAUGAAGCGUAUAAGACCGGCAUUGGUUUGAAAAUGUGUUUUAUAAAUUCUGAAAAAUCGUCUGCCAUAUUUUAUUUGUAUGGACCAUCACUCUUAAUUUUACUCUUCAAUUUAGUAAUAUUUAUACGUUUGAUAGCAAUGAUCUACAAAACAAGGCGAGAUGCAGCAAGACUGAUGCGAAACAGAAAUAUAUAUAAACAAAAUGCACUUGUGAUUUUGCGUUUGUCCCUCAUAUUGGGCAUUCCUUGGAUAUUCGAGAUUCUUUCAGUCUGGAAUAGAAUUGAAUUUUUGUUUGUUAUUGCGGAUUUCAUCAUAGCUAUUCAAGGAUUUUUGACAUUUGUAUUAUUUGUCAUGAGACCAAAAGUUUUGUGUUUAAUAAAAAAUAGAUUUGAGAAAAGCGAUCAACUUUCUGUGGGAAAUCUUCAAAAUUAAAUUUGCAAACCGGAGUCAACAUACUUAUAUGGAAAUACUUUACUCAAAUUUUUCUUUUAAAGCCUUAAAAAAUUAAUUACACAAUUUAAAUGUAUUAACAGUUAAAAUAUA